GUGACUUUGAUGUGGUUGAACUCCUAUGUCCUAUCCUUCGCUUAUUACAUGUUAAUCAGACAGAAUGCGGUCUCUGGAAGUCCAUCCAACUAUAGUGUAAAUAGUGUCCCGAGUUUCACUAGUCCUGCAAAUGCGAACAAGAGCGAUGACGAGUCAGUCACCUUUGAUACAAAUACACAAGAUUAUCCAGAUGACGUUCGGUGGCGUAUAGAUGGCCAGGAAUCAGAUACUGACUAUCCAGAUGACGUUCGGCGGCGUAUAGAUGGCCAGAAAUCAGAUACUGGCCAGGGAUCAGCUGAAUGCAGUGAUAUCAUGUAUUCACCUCUAGGUGGAUACGAGGCGAAAGAAUUUUAUGUUUAUUAUGACGAAGAGUACAAGCCACUCGCCAAGAUGAUUGUUUGCUAUUUAAGCACACUGAAGGGAGGAUAUGAAAAAAUAGAGAAAUGGGGCAUUAAUAUGUCAGUUUUGCCUGCUGGUGUCGAAGUCCAUGAUAUCUGCAGUCGUAAUGAGAUUGUAGAAAAAGCCAGCAAAUUGCAUCUCACAGUGACUGUGACAAAAGCUGCUGAGCUUGAAGACUCGUGUAAUAUUGAUGCGUUAAUGUUUCAUAUGAAGAAGUUCAAAAACAGAUGGCUUGGCCACAUCAUAACCCCACGUGCCGACAUACUCGUUCCUCUAAACGAAAAUUUAACUGACGAAGUGGAAAUAGUGAUGUUAAUGGAAGCUGUUGCAAUGGCUUGGGGACCAGUAUUUUUCCUUUCGGAUCGGUCACGAUACAAAUCCUUAAAAUUAAUCGAGAAAGCACUCAAGAGUAAACUUGUCAUGGUGCCGACACUGGUGGUAACUAUGGUAUUUCUGCUCGGUGUGGUAGGAGUGAUGAGUUUUUUCGCCAACAGAAGGAAAAUUGCAGCAGAUCAGCGGUCGCUGCAGCAUAAAAAAGCAUUGCUCCUUGCCGAAUGGGGAGAUGAGUUUUAUGAGGGUGAAACAGCUUGGAAUAUCCAAGAAGAACAUCCAGAUGGAGAAGAUCACAAGGAAGAUCAAGACAAGGAGUGCGCGAUCGAGAUGCCCGAGUUGUUACCAACACUAAAAGAGACAGAGCCCACUGUGUUGAAAGGUUCUGGAGAGGCUAUUCUCUCCGCAACUGAAACUGUGAAUGUGGAGCCAUAACAAAAACAAAGCAGAAAGGCAGUCUGAAAAAGGAAAAGUCACAAACUUCUAUCGUAAACAUUAAUUUGAAUUUUUCUGUGAUAGUAGUAAAUAUUUUUAUAUUG